CGCUAACCGCGAAACCCCGUUAGGAAAAAAAAAAGAAAAAGAUUGGGCAUCUAACGGAUAAUAACCUAUCAACCGCUCUGUGCCUUUUGUCAUGGCUUUGUGCUUCUCCAUUAAUGCCACAACAUUACCUCAACAUCAUCAUGGGAAAGUGAAUUAUAGGAGCAACAAAAAAUGUCUUGAAAGUGUUAGAAACCUUGUAAAAACAACCGGGGUUGCUUCAGUUGUAUCUGCUCCUCAAGAAUCACUGCAAAAGGGCAACUGGGUCAAGCUUAUCUGCGGUGCUAGCUUUGAGGAUGUUGUCGAUGUCAGAAAUCUUUCUCUAGUUUACACUCUAGCUGGAGUUGACUGCAUUGAUUGCGCUGCCGAUGCAUCUAUUGUGAAUGCUGUAAACGAAGGAAUUGAAGCAGCAAGGGAGAUUGUUUACCUUCGAAAGCCUUGGGUAAUGAUUAGUGUUAAUGAUGAUGAAGAUCUUCACUUUCGUAAAGCUGAGUUUGAUCCAGAGGAGUGUCCAUUGGACUGUCCAAGGCCCUGUGAAACCAUUUGUCCUGCAAGUGCAAUAUCAUUACAGCAACAUCAAUCAACAACAGAACUUUCCCAUGGUACCGAAAUGCUCAAUGUAUUAAAGGGCGGAGUGAUAACUGAACGCUGUUAUGGCUGUGGUCGUUGCUUUCCGGUUUGCCCAUAUGAUAAAAUAAGAAUGGCUAUGUACACAAGGGAUGCUGCCGCUACUGCUGAACUUCUUAAAAGGAAUGAUGUAGAUGCCAUAGAGAUACAUACAGGUGGAAGGCAGACUGCCUCCUUUGGGGGACUCUGGAAUGAUUUGGGAAAUUCAACUGGAUACCUGAAACUAGUAGCAGUUAGCUUACCAUAUGCUGGAGAUGCAACUAUAUCUUCAAUGAACACUAUCUACACAAUGAUGGAACCUCAUCUUCCUUGCCUCAAUUUAUGGCAGUUGGAUGGCCGUCCCAUGAGUGGAGAUAUUGGCCGAGGUGCCACAAGGGAAUCGAUUGCAUUCGCUGCAUGUUUGGCUGCUGUGAAAGAUAAGCCUCAUGGUUUGUGCAGAUUCGCUGUGCUGUCAUUUUUUGCAACAUUU